GGGGGAGGCGCAGGGAGUAGGGCAGAUGAGGCAACUGAGGCAUAAGCAUUUUAUACAAGAGGUACACUGCGUUCUGGUUGAAAUAGUUUCUGCUGCAGCAAAUGCUACACCAGGUCUUGGAAGAUACCCUCCAUUCAAGAGAGAGGUAUGGUUUUAAGAAUGAGGCAAAGAAAAUGGUUGUUGCACUAGUUGAUAUGGAGCGAGCCUUUGUGCCCCCCCAACAUUUCAUCUGUUUGGUGCAAAGGAGGAUGGAGAGACAGCGCCGAGAGGAGGAGCUGAAAACUCAAUCUUCAAAAAAGGGGCAAGAGGCAGAGCAGGCAACACUAAACAGAGCAACUAGUCUUCAAACAGGUGGUCAGCAAACUGGUGGAAGCUUGAAAUCAAUGAAGGAAAAACCAGGGCAGACAGAGAAAGAAGUUCAGGAGAAUUCAGGUUUAAAGACUGCAGGUCCUGAAGGAGAAAUAACAGCAGAUUAUGAAGAUACCUUGCAGUUAGAUAAAUUUCUUCUUCUUGGUUAG